CUGUGGACUUCAAGAGCUGAUCAAGAAUUACUGAAUGCAAAGCUGCAAAUUGAGAAUGCUUCUUUUAAUGAAGAUGAUCGUACCCUUUAUCCUUCUGUGUUCCGUAAUAUUUCAAAGUUUAGGAGGAGCUAUGAACUAAUGGAGAAAACACUCAAAGUAUACAUCUACAAAGAAGGUGAAAAACCGAUAUUCCACCAGCCAGAGGCGGUUAUGAAGGGAAUCUAUGCAUCUGAAGGAUGGUUUAUGAUGCAAAUGAAAUCAAGCAAAAGAUUUAUUACGAAAAAACCAAAACAGGCCCAUUUGUUCUACAUUCCUUAUAGCUCUAAAUUGUUGAAAGCAACUUUAUUCCCCAACUCUUACAAUCGAGAAAGCGUGGUACCGUAUUUGAAGAGCUAUAUUGACAUGAUCUCGCGGAGAUAUAAUUUCUGGAAUAGAACCGGUGGGGCCGACCAUUUUCUUGUUGCGUGUCAUGAUUGGGCGCCAGAUGAAACAAGACAAUUCAUGGGUACCUGCAUUCGAGCCAUUUGCAACAACGAUGUCCAAAAAUCAGGUUUCGAGUUAGGAAAAGACGUUUCUCUCCCUGAAACAAACGUUCGUUAUCGUCAAAACCCAUUACAGAAUCGUGGAGGUAACCCCCCAUCCAAACGCUCCGUUUUCGCUUUCUUUGCUGGCAAAAUGCACGGUUACCUUCGCCCAAUCCUCUUACGCCACUGGGAAAACAAAGAUCCCGACAUGAAAAUCUUUAGUAAACUUCCGAAAGUCAAAGACGACAAAAACUACGUUGACUUUAUGAAAAACAGCAAGUUUUGUAUAUGUGCCAAGGGUUCCGAAGUCAACAGUCCUAGAGUUGUGGAGGCUAUUUUCUAUGAAUGUGUUCCUGUGAUCAUAUCCGAUAAUUUUGUCCCGCCGUUUUUUGAGAUUUUGGAUUGGGAAUCGUUUGCGGUUUUCGUACCCGAGAAAGAUAUCCCGGAUCUGAAAAAUGUCCUUCUUUCGAUCCCGAAAAAAAGGUAUUUGCAAAUGCAUAAGAGAGUUAAAGAAGUACAACAACAUUUUCUUUGGCAUGUUAAGCCAGUUAAGUAUGACAUUUUUCAUAUGAUACUACAUUCAAUAUGGUAUACUAGAGUUGCUAGAGUAAUGUAAAUCCCAAAGGUGAUUAAUUUAUUAUCUUGUAAAUGUAAAUAUACAUUUCUUUUUCUUUUUCUUUUUUUAUUUAUACUGUAUACUUUGUGAAGUCCAAAAAAAUGUAAUACUUUUUUUUUUCGAACGAGAAAUAUUUUUAGAGAAUUA